UCAUGAACGACCCCCUCCUUGAUUCUCCCUCUCAACAAGCACCACCAGCUCUCGAGCUUAACACGAUCAAAGACAUCCUCGUCCGAUCCUUCUCCGUCUUCGGUCACAAACUCUGUCCGUUGCUCACCUGCGCAACUUUUCUCCUCAUUUUCCGGUUGAUCCUCACAACGACAACCUCCACAAUCAUCGACACAAUCAAUACAAAUUCCUCAAUCCAAUCCUUUAUCUCUUCGUUCUUCGAUAACCCACAAUCAAAGGCAAUCAAUGUUUGCUUCAGUGACCAUUGCAGAGAUGUGCCUCAAAUAGUCUACAUUCUCGUCAUUGCACUUUGCAUAAAGCUCUUCCUCCUCAUUGCCUACCUUAUUGCAUACCAGAUGGUCAUUGGCACUGCAUUCUUCGCAGUCUCUGAAUACUACGUCGGGCAAGUUGAUAGGUUGGAAUGCUCAACCCCGAAAACAAUCUUUUCGGGUGUAAGGAUUGGAGCUUUUCGCCUGAAGAAAUUCCUAUUUUUAUUAUGGUUUCUUAGGCAAUCAUUGAUCCUUUUACUUUGCCACAUUGUACUUGGAGAUGGGACACUCAACAAGUCUGAUAUGGUAAGUUUCGCUACUGAGGCAAUGUUAAUGUCAUACACAUACACGGCGCCGAUACCUAUUGUGUCGACUACAACCGAUAAGUUGGCGACUAUUCGGAUAGCCUGGGGGUUCUUGGAAUCUGUACUUCUGCCCUACAUCCUCUUUGUACCUUCUGUCUUGGUGAUGGGGAAUGUAGGGUUAGGAUUUGCGGUAAGAGAAGGGAGUAGCCUUGGACAUGUUGUGUCGUCGCGAGAUCUGGUGAUCAAGAUUCAUGAGACGAUUGUUUGUGGUGCGAUAGGGGCGAACGUUUGGUUCUAUGUUCUCGGGACGAUGUUUGCAAAGGUUUUUAUGGCGAUAGCGGAAGUUUACUUUUUGGUUAUGUACAUUGUGCUGUUUUUAUCGGCAAAAAUGAAGGAACGAGAGGAAGGUGAUCAAGAAGGAAGACGGUUUGGUCAUGUUGAUCUUCAGAUGUUUGUCGAUUGUUGGGAUGUAAAACAUGUUCUUCAGAGAAUAAGAGCAGGUGGGAGGUGACAAAUAGACCCAUGU